ACUUCAGCCUGGAGUUAGGCAUACAUUAAAAAUAGCAGAGUUUACUUUAUGCCCAGUGUGGCGCACUUUAUGCGGUAUUCGCAAUGCUAGAUAUGCUCGCAACGAAUUCUUGGUUGCCUCAGGCAGAACACAAAUACAAUAUGACAUUCCUGCUUCUGCAGUUCUACGGAUUUCCAGUAGUAGGACUGCCGAUGGGCAAUUAUCAAUCAUCAAUUUGUCGUAGAUGAUAAUAGAUGAAGCACUGCCAAUGAAGAUUCAUGUGCUUGUGUAUGACUCCAAAUAUGCUUUCAGAGAUGCUAUACCUCAUGGCGAGCAUCCGGUACCGCCCGAGAAUCGGGUGCCUGGAUGUGCUGCAAAGCGGGCAAGUCCGGCCCUCGGAGUCAUGGCCUGCAUCAAUAUCAUCCACGGUAGGCUCGGGGCUGUGGUCGGACUACUGCUGAGGAACGAUCAAGUCUACCUCAUGUUCCCAUCAUGGAAUCUUAUAGUUGACUCACGGCGAGAGAAGGGUGUGAAGAAGGGAGUCAUAUACAACCAUGGUUCAUGCAACCCGGUCGACUAUAUACCCUUCGCAGGGAAGCCUGCGUCCCUUCGCUUCGUUCUCCGUCUUCAACUUCUCUACUGCUUACACCUGGAGCAAUUACUUGUCUAUAGACGUCUCCAAAGUUCAACGUUCAAGCGUUUGAUUUACAUCAAGCGAGUCGUUGCUUACUAUCCCAUCGUCCAACGUUCAAGCGUUCGAUUUACAUCAAGCGAGUCUCGUUCCAGCGUUCGACUUACAUCAAGCGAGGUGUUGCGUACUAUCCCAUCGUCCAACGUUUCAGCAUUCGAUUUACAUCAAGCGAGACUCUGUGUAUUAUACCAUCGUUCAACGUUCCAGCGGUCGAUUUACAUCAAGCGAGACUUUGCCUAUUAUCCCAUCGUUCAAGCAAUCUGUUUGCGACAUACAAGCUCAGUACAACCUAUCCUACCAUUCAACGUACCCAUUUAUCCCUCUAUUCAUCUAUCUAUAUAACCAGAGAACCGAACACUUCGCCCUUACUCCGAGCACGACAAGGAAGAGAAGGCCGACCAUCACAACGCCUACACCCCAUGUAGGCGUGGAUGUGGCUCUCUUAUAUCGGAUGCCCUGGACGGCGCUCUUGCGGAGACCUCAUAUACCAAUAUCUCUGUCAACAGUCCUUUGAGAGGCGGAUACGCAGCACUCAAACGUCUCAUUG